CGGGGAGGGGCUGACGUGCGGGGCCCACAGAAUAAAGCGCGGCGCCGCGGAGAGAAGGCCGAGUCGGGCGAGUGCCGGAGCGGCCAUGGCAGACAAGCCGAGCCGCGCGCUGGUGCUCUACGCCGCCGGCCACGCCGCGCUGGUCGCCCCUCCGGCCUCGGGGAGCCACCUCGACGCGUUCGCCGCGCGCGCUGCUUGCGGCCUCCUCACCCUCCGCUCCCCGCCGCCUUCCCCUCCCACGAGCGGUGGCGAGGAGAAUAGCUGCACGAUUCUCGAGCUAGCGCAGUUGCUCGAUGUAUACGAUCAUCUCUACCCUGGAAAGAAUGCGGAAACUGGUCAAGAAGCUGCCCAAGUGGAUCCGACGGAGCUAGUAGUCCCCAAGCUGUCUGAGAGGUUUAUGGGUUUGAGAGCUGCCAUAGUCACCAAUUGCCCUCGUAUCAGCUCCUUUGCGGCGAAUCUUGGUUUCCACGUUUUUCGAACUGAAGAUUUUGCCGUGCAGUCCGGCUCUUCCAGUUCUACCAAGGAGAUUGGAGUAAUCAACAGAGCGUUUGGUCUGCUAGGAUUCUCAGAUGGGAAUGUCCAGGAAGCAUCUGAUUUCGAUCUAGUUUUUAUGCAUGUCGCCAUGGAGAAUACAAGUGGCAAGUUGGGGAAAUUAGGAAUGAAGACGGAUCUCAAUCGGCUUGAUAAAUUAGUGGGCGCAAUCAUGGAAGCUGCGCCAAUUGGUUCAGCUAUCGCAUCCCGUAUUCAUGUAUCUGUGAUGUUGAGCUAUGGAUCUGCUUCUGAAAAUAAGGAUGAGUUCUCCAUUUUGAGCUCUUCAAUGGAAACAGAUUCUGACUUGAAUCUGCUGCGCCCACGCCAGAGCUAUACCAUGAAAGCAGGAAAUACAUUGGAUGAUGUCAGACUUCAUCAUCCAAUUCUACUGGCACAGUGGCAGGAAGGAGUAACACGUGUUGAUCUGGCCAAAGGAUUCUCUUUCGAGGAAUUGAUGAAGUGUGGCGGGAACCUUACUAUGCUUGCUCAGCGCUUUCUACAUGAGGUGGCAUUUAAGCUCUGGAAAGCACCUAAAUAUGGAGCUUGAUUCGCUCUGAGGCUAUCCUCUUCUGUUGACAAGGCACUGGAGAAUAAAAAAAGGGUGAUGGGUGAGUUUUCGUUCUCAAGUGAAAACAGCGAAUAAUGCAAAGACACAAUUGAGUUUUGAAGUGAAUUGUACUCUCCAAGGAUCCUAAUUUGAUAACGGACAUCUGCUAACACUGAGCUGCUACCAUUACUAAUUAUUUAGUCAAUGGAGAUCAGUAGCAUGACAAUCUGAUGUUUUCCAUUGGAAAAGUUUCCCAGAGCUUUUGUGAAAUGUUUCCCUGUCUGUGCAACCCUUUGUUUGAAACGUUUCUAAUGCAGUAGCUGUUCUUGCUUUGAGCUCAGUAUCCGACUAUAUGCCAUGCAUCCAUCGUUGUGAUCUUGAUGUUGUUCAUGCAAAUAGUGCGGGCGGAGCAUUAUCUGCAGAUAAGGGAAUAACAGAAUGGAUUCUCCAGAGUAAUAAAGGCAGUCUUUAUUUUGGCUGUUGAGUUUAUCAAUAAUAACCACUUUAUUUGUUUCUUC